UGAUUUCAGUGUCAUUUAUAACCGUUGAUAUAUUUAUUUUAUACAAGACACAUAGCCUUUCGCUGAGUGACACCAAAGAGCUUGCACUUUUCGUGACAAAAACUAAGCGGAUAUUACUGAAGACCCCUCAACCUUCUUAUAACUUUUUGGUAACAGAUUAGAGGAGCUCCGAAAUGUGAUUUAAAGCUAACGACUAGCAGGUUUAGAGCAUUUGUAACAUUUUAUUAAGUUUCUUCGCCUUUUGCUAUUGCAAACCACAUUUUCAAAGAGAAUAUAGGGAUAAAAUCCAGUAAAUUGGCGCCAAUAUUUUAAACUUCCCAGCUAAAUAAGUGUUGUACAGCGGCCGUGACAACAGCUGCCUGUUGGGGCGUAGUGUUGCGAAGACCUCCCAGUACAUCAGUGAAAAAUUUCUGGGAAAAAGUGGUUUUCCAGUAUUAUUGUUCGUUGGAGGACGAAAACAUAGAAAUUCAAGUAAUUUUCAGCAACAAGGACAGCCGUGUUGGUGGUCGCCAAUUGGCAACGAGUGGAGCAGCAGCAAUUUCGAAGACAAUAACCGGAUAGACACGGCAGGACACCCAAUGCUGUAGUUCUUCCACCCCCGCCCGCUGUUAGCCUCCGCCAGCCCCGAGAAUCAGGACACCAGGAUCCAAUGGAAAGCGAGAAGAUUCUAAUGGCUGCCGGGGUGACGGUGGCCGCCGUUGUAGGAGCCUUUGUCUUCUGGGGGCCCUCAGGCUCCCGCCUGCGCCAGCGUCGCGGCCAGAUAGCCGGACUUCACAACUUCGGCCGCACCUGCUUCCUGAACACUCUGCUGCAGGCUCUGGCAGCCUGUCCGCAGUUCAUCGCUUGGCUGCAAUUGUACAACGGCGCCUCGCCGGACCGCCGGAGUCUGAUCAGCUCCAUGCUGAACACCCUGGAGGUGGUCAACGGCACGCAUGCCACUCUGCGCGGAGACCCGCACUCGCCCGGCGCCGUUCUCCGUGCUCUGAACACCCUUGGAUGGGUGAUACCCCAGGAGGAGCACGACGCCCAUGAGCUGUUCCACGUUCUGCUCUCCUCCUUGGAGGAGGAGGCCACUCGGCCGCAGCCCAUAGGUUGUUUAUCGGAUGCUUUGCCCCUGGCCGGUGGGGGAGAAAACGAUGACACCAGCAGCAUUGGAUUGGGAGCGGGUACGGCCACGCCUGUGGGUGGUUUCCGACCCAUUAGCUCCAUGGCAGGUCCCAGUCAACGGAUUGGAGAUCAGCCGAACAGACCGUCGAGUGCCAUGCUCACCGACUUCCUCAACAUGGAAUACGACGAGAGCACCAGCCUGACGCGCCUGGUGCGCUCCGAGGCACACACCCCGGACUCGCCGGCCUCGGUCUGCGAGCGGGAAGGCAACGAUCGCUUGGGCACUAUGCUCCUUGAUGCCGUGUCGCCUGGGACUCCCUUUGGCUUUCCGCUUUCGUCGGCGGCUGCAGCCGACUCGAUGCCCAUCGAUGUGCUGAACUCGUCUGGCGGCGGGCCAGGGGGAGAGAGAAUGUCGCGGACGCGUCUGCCGCAAUCCCAGGAGCUCGGACUGAAUCGACGAGUGUCCAGCUCCUGUCGGUCGCUGGAGCGACUGCAUCGCGGACCUGGGCGCGUCUCUAUCUGGUCCAACAUGAUGCCCAGCCAGGUGGCGCAUCCCUUCCAGGGCGCCAUGGGGGCGCAGAUCGUCUGCAACGGGUGUGGCUCCAAGUCGGCAGUGCGCUACGACAAGUUCGACAGUGUCACUCUGAACCUGCCUCCGCAGCGCCGCACGGGAUUGAGCCUGGGCCACUUGCUCAGCGACUACAUAACGUCCGAGGACCUGAGUGACGUCAAGUGCGACUCCUGCAACGAGACCACCACCCACACCAAGUCGGUCACCUUCGCCAAGCUGCCGGCGUGCCUCUGCAUACAUGUGGCGCGCACAGUCUGGCUGCCCACAGGCCAGGUGUGCAAGCGGCAGGACUACGUCCACUUCCCCGAGAGCCUCUCGAUGGCGCCCUACAGCUUCGUGCAGCCGCAUCUCAACAGCCAGGCUGGGACCCCGUGGGGCUCUACCAUGUCCCUGUACUCAUCCAGUCUGCCGAUGAACAAUGGCGUAAGCGUGGGCGGGGGCGAAGGCUUCGGCACCAUGUUCCCCAAGAAUCUGUACCGUCUCCUCGCGGUGGUGGUGCACUCCGGCGAGGCAAACAGCGGGCACUUUGUGACCUACCGGCGCGGCUCGCUAAGGAACGCGCAUCGCUGGUUCUACACAUCGGACACGAUUGUGCGAGAGGUGAGCAUCGACGAGGUGCUCAGCGUGCCCGCCUACCUGCUCUUCUAUGAUCGGGGCCCGCAGCGGCAACUGCCCCUCCGCUAGGCCGCUGACGUGGGAGCGGAUGAAGGAGCAGGAGCAGCAAAUGGGUUCGGGAUCGGGAUCAUCCUAGUCAGAAGUCACUCAGCCGUCGAGGGCGACACACUCAUUCGAUGUGAUGGAAAUCCAAAUCCACUUCUCUUUACUCGUGGCCAUAGAGAACACGCGACGUAGCCAUACCCAUAGACCCGUAUAAAGUCGUAUAUAACAUAUAUAUGUGUAACAGUCCUAUGAUUUGUUCAAUAAGGCUAUAUUGCAAGAUGCAGUAGCAGCCCACACCGGUACACCAAAGCAUAAAUAUUCAUUUGUUAUCGAUGCAUUUAAGAUUUUUUAAGAAUUCCAAAUUCAUAACGUGCUUUUAGCUGUCUGUAUGUAGCAAUAUACACACACAUAAAUCUACCAAUAAUUGUUUGCGAGUUAUCUCCAUAGGAUAGAUGUUCAAUAAAAAUUUCGAAAAUA